AUGAUGACGUGCCGUCUGCUGUGCGCCCUGUUGGUGCUCGCCUUGUGCUGCUGCCCUUCCGUGUGCGCGACGGAGCCUCCGCAGAUGGAUGAUGCUUCCAGGACGAUGACUACAGCAGAGGCACCAAAGGAUGAGAAGAAGAGUGCGACUGAAAAUGAUGUACUUGUCGCCGGUCAUUCAUCUACUUUUUCAGAGUUAAGACUUCAAGAGAAGGAUCAGUCAGGGUCAUCAGUUUUGGGCCCCGUUGAGGACGAGGGAACGAAAGCCGGAGACGGUCCAACUACGGCCACUCCGGAAAAGCAAUCAAACGACCCGAAGAAUGUGGUACAUACCGAAGGUAAGAAAAGCACGACAGAGUCACAAAGUGGUACGAGCAGUUCCACGGAAAAUGAAGAUAAUAAGGCCGAAGAUGCUCCCACGACUACGACGACCACCACCACAAAACUGCCAAUUACGUCCACUACUGCGCCGGAGGCACCAAGUACUACAACUACAGAGGCACCAACUACGAUGACCACCCGCGCACCGUCACGUCUGCGCGAAAUCGACGGCAGCCUCAGCAGCUCUGCGUGGGUGUGUGCCCCGCUGCUGCUCGCUGCAUCCACGCUGGCGUACACCACUCUGGGCUGA